UCGAACAAUACGGAUACCUCUCAGAUAUCGCCAGCGCGUUAGAAAGGAUUAAGUGAACCGAUAUCAAAAGGAUUAUACCCGCACCGCAAGAAAUACAGCUUCCAGUAUAAUAAUGGUUAACGUAAGUGCGAUUUGUUUCGUGCUGGUUUGUGUGUGCCUCAAAAUUAGCGUCGCAAUGCCGUCCUACGACGAGGACAGGAUGGAUUUAGAUAAGGAACAAUACAUACGACAGGUGGCGGAGUGGCUUGCCAAUCAAUGGCCAACAGAGCUCAACGAAAUCAACAGCUUACCGUUUUGUCGACCUUGCUUCAAUCCACAUCGCCAACAGGAACCAACCAUCGCCGUAUCCAGAAAUCCAUUUGGCAAACGGAACUCAGAACUAAUCAACUCUCUGUUGAGCUUGCCGAAAAAUAUGAACGAUGCCGGCAAGUAGGCUAUCGAUAGAGCUGCUGUUAUACCACUGAUGCUUCAACAAUAUCGGUCGCUGCAUCUAACGUCGUGCUGAUGCCAAAUCAAAUCAUACAAACAACAA